AUGACUUCUCCUGCUUCCAGUUACAGCAUCCUCCGGUUUCAAUUUGCCUCUAAUACCUACAUAAAUACAUAUCUAUCUAUCUAUCUAUCUAUCUAUCUAUCUAUCUAUCUAUCUAUCUAUCUAAUAUAUAUCUAUCUAUCUAUCUAUCUAUCUAUCUAUCUAUCUAUCUAUCUCCUCGGUAUAUUCAUCUAUCAUACUAUGUUCAUAUCUAUCUUAUUCUGUUUAUAUCUAUCUCAGUAUGAUCAAGUAUCUAUCUAUCUAUCUAUCUCUAACUGUUCAUAUCUAUCUAUCUAUCUAUCUUUAAUUGUUCAUAUCUAUCUAUCUCUGUCUUUUCGAAACUGUUGGUUCAUUGCUGGGGUUAAUGUCUUGAUAAUUCAAAGUCAGCCUCUGUUCAAGAAUGUCGUCCCACCGAAUCAAACCUUUAACAAAGGAACUUAUACAGGCUUAUUCCGAUUCAACUUUUGGCAAUACGGAAAAUGGACAGAGGUUUUAAUCGACGACUUUUUGCCGGUUUCUCGUGUUUCCGGACAGCUGUGUUAUUGCUACAACAGGAAGGAACCGGAUGAAUUUUGGUGUUCCUUGCUUGAAAAAGCCUACGCUAAAUUGCAUGGCAGUUAUGAACAUUUGGACAGCGGAAGCAUACACAAUGCAUUGGUGGACAUGACAGGCGGUUUAUCUGAAAAGAUUGAUUUAAAGAAAGGGAAGAUAACCCCGGAAAAACUUUUUGAAACUCUGUCGAAGAUGUGGACCAUGAGCACAAUGAUUGGUCUUGUUAUUUUUGGUGACGACAACACUCCAGUACCUACUGAAACUCCCCAAGGUCUCAUCAAGGAUCAUGCAUAUGCAGUUACUAAGCUUGCAACGGUAACAUACAAGAAUAAAAAGGAAAAUUUGCUAAGAAUUCGAAAUCCCUGGGGACGGAUAGAAUGGAACGGAAGCUGGAGUGAUAAAUCCCAAGAAUGGUCAGCAUUAUCGGAAAGUGACAAAGAAAAAACUGGUUUGGUAAUAGAUCAUGAAGGCGAAUUUUGGAUCUCUAUUCGAGAUGUGAUGAAAUACUUUGAUCUUGUGGAUUUGUGUCAUCAAGAAAAAGGAGCAAUGAUGGCUGUUUUGGGUGAGGACAAAGAGCAGCGGAAAGGCUGGAGUUGUUACACCUACAACGAUAACUGGGUCCAUGGGGUUUCCGAUGGCGGAUCCGACAGAAGUUCAGAAUCUUACUGGAAUAACCCGCAAUUUAUCAUCGAUCUGGAAAAAGAAACAGGAAAGACCACAACGAUCGUCUCCCUGAUGGAAAUUAUGGACAGGAACAAGUCGAGAAUGGAUAUUUUUACUGGAUUUGAUGUUUUGAAGAUCGAAAGUGGAACGCCGUGUCCGCUGGCCAAUGAGAACUACGAAAAGGCGAAUCUUGUUUUUGAAAAACGCGCCACCGAGACUGAAUGGCGGGAAAAUACCUUAUGUAUGGAUCUAGAUUCUGGUAAAUAUGUCGUCAUCCCUUACACGCAACUGGCCGGGAAAGCAUCACGUUUUCUUUUACGGAUAUUCGCCGAGAAGGAUAUCGACUCUGAACUCGCCGAUCACCUGCCAACUGAAGUUAAUAAACUGGAUUUAACUGAUGACAAGUAUACCUUUCUUGCUGACGAAGAAUGGAUCGAUGCGUUUGGUCUGCAUCAAGCAAUCGAAAUGAUCCGUGCAAAAGAUGAAAAAUAUCCGCCAUUAACGCUGGAAACGUCACGUUGCUUCGUAGGUUUACUUGAUAAUAAGCGUCUUGGAAUGCUGGAGUCUACAGCGGUUGAAAAAGUUCAUGAGUUUUUAAUUCUAUGGCACAAAACCUUCAAGAGUCAUCAAGAUGAAGACACUGGACUAAUGGAUGUAAAGAAACUAAGGAAGCUGUACAAAGAACUUGGUUUCAUUGCCAACCGUAAAGUGAUGGAGGUUAUUUGCAAGAGAUACGCCAAUUCGGAUGGCAAGCUCAGCUUUGACGACUUUGUGCAGAGCACUGCCCGGAUGAUGAGUCUAUUUAUGAAAUAUUACACAAUAGAAAUGGAUAUUAAUCGUUUUUAUUUAUUGAGCAACUAA